AUGUCAUGGGAGCCCCCCUCCCUGACAAUCGCCUGCAUCCUCACCUUCGGCCUCCUCUGGUGCUACCGUAACGUACGCUCCGCGACCCCCGGCAGCUCUCCCCAGCUUCACCUCGCCCUCACCGGCCUCGCCAUCCUGGUCGACUAUCGAACCAAGGCUCUGCGCUGGUGCGAAUCUACCUACGACGCUACCUUCAAUGCCACGCCGAUAGAGCAGCUCAAGAUGGCGCUCACUCUCGGCGCCAUCGUCUGGCUACUUCAUCGCUCAUGGCAGACGCUUUGGAAGCCGGUCCCGGAGCUGGUCAACAUACUUGGCGUCGACAUCCCCCAUCCCCCCGACGUCUGCUUGGCCGGCAUUGGUGCCGAUUCGGCCUCCCUGACCUGGACGAGGCACAUCCACCGACCCGUACAAAGAUACAUGAUACAAGUCAACGGUGUAAUUGUGGGAGAGUCGCCCGCCAACGAGACGGCCAUCACCGUCACAGGGCUGAAGCCGAAUCACUUCUACAACAUUCGAGUGUUCGCCAUCGGGCCCAACAACUUUCGCGCCGCGAGCCCCUUGAUUCGCCUCCGAACCUUCGGCCGCGAUGGGAGGCCACAGCUCGGCAGCGCGCGCCUCCCCGCGAGCUUCGUCGACCACGAUCAACCCCGUGCCGAGACCAGCGACGACAGCGACUACCCCGACAAGGCUCCGGCCUCGGUCCCUGCCGUCGAAGCCGCGGCGGUGCUCGACAAGAGCGCCGCCCUUCCCCGCGAUUCGGUUGCGUCCGCGCCCGGGCAGCGACGAAACACGCUCAACCGCCGACAUUCACCAUCGGUCGCGAGCGCCGACCAGCCCCAAAUACGAUCUCCCACGUCGUCGGAGCCGGAGAUGUCCCUGGCCGAGCUCAACGAACGCUUUGAGGGAAUUCGGAAGGAAAUCGACGACACGCUGGCGCUGUAUGCCAAGGACGAGGCCGACUCGCAGCAGCAGGAAGAGGAGCUCAAGAAGGACAGGGACCGCAAAAGACAGGCGCUCAAGGAAAAGGAGGAGCAGACGCUGCAGCUCAAGGCCAUGCUGCGGAUGACGAUGGAGCAGAUGCGAGCGGCCGAGAAGGAUCGAUCGAAGAAGGAGCAGCAGCUGAAGGACAAGGAGAUGAAGAAAUCCAAAAUCCGAGACAGCGCCGCCAAGUUUGAGCAUGAAGUCGAGAGGAUGAAGGCGGAUCGCGAUGGCUUCCAGGCCCAAAAGGCCGUCCUGAUGAAAAGCAGGGACCGUGAGGUGAAGAAGCUCGACCAAGACAACGCGGAGCUCCAGGACAACUGCGCCAAGCUCGAGGCCGAGCUGAAGGACAAGGGCAAGCAGCUGCAGGAUAUCAAGGCGACGAGGGAGCUGCUGCCCGGGGCCGACAACGAGCAGUGGAAGGACGAGGACCUCCGCCUCCGACGCGAGUGGGAGUUCAAGAGGAGGGACAUCCACAACCGGCUGGUGGCGGAGACCAAGAGCGGCCACAUCUUGGACCAGCAGGUCCGCGCCCUCAGCGAGCAGCUGAGCAUGCAGCAGCAGGCCGGUCUGGCCUUUUACGCCCAACCGGAUUCUUCCAUGCUCGAGUUUGAGCCAUCGCCGGCCGUUCAGCACAAGCGCCUCAGCCGCGGCAGCAAUUCGGUCACCAACGCGAUCCUGUCCUCGCCCGACCGAGCUCCGUCGGCCGAGCUGAAGUUUCAGACCACGGGCGGGUUUGGCAACCCGAGCUUCGCCCCUCGCCUCUUCACCGACGUCGCGCCGGGUGGCACCAGCGAGCUUGCCGUCGACGUGGAUCUCAAGGCUGGCAGCGGCCCGCUCAGCCCAUCCGCCCAGACCCUGCUGCCGUCCAACAUCUUCGAGGAGAGCGAGGACACGGACGCCAUGGAGUCGAAGAGCCCGAUCCUGCCAGAGUCCAUCACCGCCGGCGAAGACCCCCCUCAAUCACCGGCCUCCUCCAGCAUGUCCUUUCCCGCCUUCUCGAGCCCGCACGGUUCGUCGCACAACCUGCCCUUCCCCCAGUACGCGGACAACAACGACCGGCAGCCGCUGCCCCUCAACUCGUCACCGACGCCCCCCUCGGCCACCGGCCAUAAGAUUGCCAGCUUUCUGUCCACGUUCCAGCGAGGUCGAGGAUCCAAGGCCUCGGACGACGACGGCCCUCCCAUCGGUACCCUCAAGUCCGAGCAGAGCCAGUCGUUCCCGACGACGACCGACGAGAGCGAGAUCCUUGCCGGCAAGCGUCGGCUAAACUUCUCCUCCUGGAUGGGUCGCAGUUCGAUGGGACCGGACAACAUCUCCCCCGGGCCGUCGGUGGGAACGUCGAGACCCUUCUCCUCGCUGCGCUUCAAUCCGCUGAGGGGCUCGGCGACGGUGCUGCCCAAUGGAGACCACGAUGCUUCUCGGCCCGCAUCGAUUGCGUCGACGGACCUCCCGCGGCCGUCGACGGAUAGCGGGUCCAUAUGGGGAGCGCCUGGAGACGCGCUGGGCUUGGCCAAGAAUCGCCCAUGGUCUCCGAGCGACGGCCGAUGGCCAUCCCGGAGCGGCUCGAGGCGUCCGUCGCUGCAGGGGUCCAACGCGCUGACGACCACGCUCGCCUCUGCGGACGACGUGAUACUGGACGAGCACGACUUGAUGAAGCCCGAAAACCGGCCCAAUCAGGUGGGCGUCAUCGGGUCGCGGCCGCCGGGCAACUCCAAGUCGCUGAACCAAGGCCUCAACCCGGCCGCCCCCACCUUCAUGGGCCAGAUCUUCGGCAAGGACCGAGGCAGGGACAAGGAGGCCGGCACGGACAAGGACAGGGCCAAGGCGCGCGACAGAGGCCGCGGGAAGGACGUCUCCAGAGACGACAAGAGCCAGACGGCGGGCUCGACGACUCCUGGCGUUGACGCGCCGCCGAGCCUCGACGACUCGCCCGCGGACUCGCGCAUCUCUCGGGACGCGUACUCGGUCCACACCCAGACGUCCGUGUCGGAGUCGCACGAGUCGUUGCAGCUUGACGGCACCGUGUCCAACCCGGCCUCGGACGUGAACUCGCCCUCGGCACAGAGCGCGAAGGACCCGGAGAACGUCGUCCGGAAGCUGUUCCGCAAGGGAAGUUUCGGCAAGUUUAGUCUGUCCUCGAGGUUGGGCAAGGAGUCGGGUCUGUUUAAGAAGGGACCCGGCAGCACCUCCAACUCGGACAAGAACAUGUCGGCGGACCACCGAUCGAGCAUUGGAGACCUGGACGAGCCGGGCGACGACGGCGCGUUGCUGGGGCGCAGCUACGACAGCAUGUCGGGCAGCCCAUCCCUGGGGCCGUCCAAGUCGAAGGAUGGAAGGGAGGCGGGCCGGAUGAGCACCUGGCGCUUUUCCAUGUCCUCGAUGAAAAAGAAGGGCAAGGAGACGGCUGCGAGGGAAAAGGAGAGCAUGGAAAUGGACCGAGCACCCGAGGAAGGGAUGACGAACGGAGGCAUCGUCCCGCAGGAGCCGAGCGUCUAA